UCAGGGAGUUGUUUUUAUUAAAACUAACAAAAUAUUUCCUAUUUUUUUCGCGUAAUAUAUUUUGGACGCAUUCAAACUGCGGGGAAGUAAACAUUUCUGUUUCUGUUGACCGUUCAACCGCCAACGAGCGACCGCGGCAAGUCAAGUGGGAACUCUUCGCUGCAAUUAACUUGUGUGGAUUUGUUGCCGUUGCUCGGACUGAGAUCCGGCAGUUUGAGGGUCCGCUGGCUUCACUUUGGACGUGUUUGUUUGUCUCGGAAUACAUCGGCUCGGACACGAAACAAACGCUGGAGUGAUUCAGGUGGCCCCUGCCUUUCACAUCUCACCUGGUGCAUCCCCUCCUCCCCCUAGCCGCCUCUGGAUAAUGAGCGGUUCCCCGUGUUUUUCCCGGUUGAUUUACGGCCCCGCUGCUGGUGGAGCGCAAUAGAGAGACGGCGAGGGGCGCUAAACGGUCCGUGAAGUCGGACGGAGCGUCGCGCUCGAUUUUGUUUGAAGUUAACGACAGUCGGUCCUUCCAAUAACGGCGGAUGGAUUCGUGCCCGUGAUCUGGAGCCCCCCACACCCCCCGUGGCCCAAUCUGAGCCCUUGAAGCGGUUUAAAAAAAAAAAAAAAGGAAACGGUUGCAUCCUCCCGGAGACAACGAUGUUUCCCCAGGGGCGACACCCGGCUCCAGGCCAGCCCUUCAAGUUCACCAUCCCAGAAUCACUGGACCGCAUCAAGGAGGAGUUCCAGUUUCUUCAGGCACAGUACCACAGCCUCAAGAUGGAGUGUGAGAAGCUGGCCAGCGAAAAGACAGAAAUGCAGAGACACUACGUCAUGUACUACGAGAUGUCUUAUGGCCUCAACAUCGAAAUGCACAAACAGACUGAGAUUGCCAAGAGACUAAACACCAUCUGUGCACAAGUCAUUCCUUUCCUCUCACAGGAGCAUCAACAGCAAGUGGUCCAAGCCGUGGAGCGAGCCAAACAGGUGACCAUGGCAGAGCUAAAUGCUGUUAUUGGAGUACGUGGACUACCAGGCCUUCCGCCCACACAGCAGCACCUUAGUGGUGCCCCUGUGCCCCUCACUCCUCACCCUGCUGGCCUCCAUCCCUCUCAGCUCGGUGGUUCGGCUGGUCUCCUGGCUCUAUCAGGAGGACUUGGUGCUCUCCCUCCCCACAUGUUGGGAAAAGAUGUCGGCGAUAAAAAGCCCCACAUGUCCGGGCCAGACGCACACUCAUCAGGACCCGAGCACCUGAGAGAACGAGAGCCUGGCACAAGUCACUCAUUGCUGCCAGAAAGUCUUAGGAAUUCAGAUAAGAGACGCAACGGACCAGAGUUUUCAAACGACACCAAGAAACGCAAGGUUGACGACAAGGACUCGAGCCACUAUGACAGCGACGGGGAGAAGAGUGAUGAUAAUUUAGUGGUGGAUGUUUCAAAUGAGGAUCCAGCCUCACCCCGGGGCACGCCUCUCCCCUCGCCUCGAGAAAAUGGCCUGGAUAAAGCACGUCUUCUCAAGAAAGACCCUUGUAGUCCAGCCUCUACUGCAUCAUCUGCCAGCUCCUCCUCCCUGAAGUCCAAAGAGAUGACGAUGAGAGACAAGGCAGGAACACCUGGGCUCAAGUCGAGCACACCCACCCCGAGAGGUGACUCCACCCCUGGUCCAAGCUCCACUCCUGGAAUCCGUCCCAGUCUAUCAAAACCCCCAUCCAUGGAAAUACCACAUCCACCCACUGCAGGUUUGCGGACCCCCCUGGCUGUACCCGGCCCAUACCCGGGUGCAUUUGGUAUGUUGCCCCAUGCACCAGGGAUGAAUGGGGAUCUGGCCAGUGCAGCCGGAGCUGCGGCCUACGCUGCUGGAUUGCACAACAUGUCACCCCAAAUGAGUGUUGCUGCUGCGGCUGCUGUGGCUGCAUACGGCCGCUCACCUAUGGUUGGUUUUGAUCCUCAUUCUCACAUGCGAGUUCCUGGGAUGACGGGAAUCCCUGGCGGCAAACCUGCUUAUUCUUUUCACGUGGCGGCCGACGGACAGAUGCAGCCAGUACCUUUCCCCCCGGAUGCUUUGGUGGGCCCAGGGAUUCCUCGCCACGCCCGCCAGAUCAACACACUGAACCAUGGGGAGGUGGUGUGCGCCGUUACCAUCAGUAACCCGACCCGACACGUCUACACAGGAGGGAAGGGUUGCGUCAAGGUCUGGGACAUCAGUCACCCGGGAAACAAGAGCCCCGUGUCGCAGCUGGACUGUCUGAACCGAGACAACUACAUCCGCUCCUGUUGUCUACUCCCCGAUGGCCGGACACUGAUUGUGGGAGGUGAGGCGAGCACGUUGUCAAUCUGGGAUUUGGCCACGCCCACUCCCAGGAUUAAGGCAGAGUUAACAUCAUCAGCACCGGCGUGUUACGCUCUGGCCAUUAGCCCGGACUCCAAGGUCUGCUUCUCUUGCUGCAGCGAUGGGAACAUCGCGGUCUGGGAUCUUCACAAUCAGACGCUAGUUAGGCAGUUCCAGGGCCACACAGAUGGAGCCAGCUGUAUUGACAUCUCCAACGAUGGCACCAAGCUGUGGACCGGAGGCCUCGAUAACACCGUGCGCUCCUGGGAUCUGAGAGAGGGACGCCAGCUGCAGCAGCAUGACUUCACAUCACAGAUCUUCUCUCUCGGCUAUUGUCCGACAGGAGAGUGGCUCGCUGUUGGAAUGGAGAGCAGCAACGUCGAGGUCCUUCACGUCACCAAGCCAGACAAGUACCAGCUUCACCUACACGAGAGCUGUGUCCUGUCCCUGCAGUUUGCCUCCUGUGGUAAAUGGUUUGUGAGCACAGGAAAGGAUAACUUACUGAAUGCAUGGAGAACACCCUAUGGAGCCAGUAUAUUCCAGUCUAAAGAAUCCUCUUCGGUGUUAAGUUGUGACAUAUCAGUGGACGACAAAUACAUCGUCACUGGUUCAGGAGACAAGAAGGCCACUGUUUACGAGGUCAUCUACUAAAAAUGGAAAGAAACCAGGACAUUCGUUCCUUCCCACAGAGCAGAUGGGUUUCUAGACAUUUUCAACUGGAGCAAGAAAUCACAAACACCAGUGACCUUGAUGGCCCGUUCUCUUUUUCUGUUCUAUCUGCCGAGGUGACACAGGAAGGAGACACUUUACAUGCACACAUCUGUUGUGAUGUGUUCAUGACUCCAUAUCAGCUGGGAAUUAACUGGAGCAGCUGGAUGUUUGAUGGAAGGAGGCACUAUUUGGAUGUUCUUGUCUGCCACUGCUUCCUGCUACGGACGGCAAGGGAAUCAGUUCCUGGGACCAAACAAUGACUGGCACUGCAUUGUUUUGACUGGGACCGGCUCAUCUGGAGAACACUGCACUGAACACUGGGUUUUAAAACACACUCGAUUCAGUGUUUUGACCCGGGGCAGAGGCCCUCAAAGGAACUCGCAACCAGGUGGUUGAAUAUGUAAACAAAUGUCAGACGGAAAGAGGAGAAUGGGAAAGGAACCUGACGGAAUACUGGAGAGAUGGAGCAGGACACUGAUUGAAGGACAUUUUGUUUUUAAUUUAGUUGCAGACAGACGAUGCUCACUGCCUGUGGAUCUCUCAGUUCUGACCGUAGAACCUCAGCUUGCUCUUCUACACUGAAAAGUACCUUUUCUGUCUUGACAGUAAGUCCUAUACUCAAUCAACUGCACUGUAAUGAUAGCUAUCCACCUUCACACUUAGGACACUCGACCAAUGUAAUAAACACACUGAAGGCCA